AUGGAGAUCCAUGCUCCAGACACCUUCAAACUCACAUCCUGUUGUGGUAAUGAAAAAGCAUUACUCAUUCCCAUUCUAGCCUUGUUAACUAAACACCUUACAAAUCGGAAGAAAGACCUCAUUGUUGCUCCUAGUAACCAAAUGGAGCUUCAGGAUAUUUUAGGCGCAACCUCCACUAUAAAAGGAAAUUUGUAUGGAGAUGAGAGAGACAAUGACUUAGGAAAUGGGGAAGAUUUUGUUUGGGAGUUUCAAUUUAGGUUGACACGUGGUCCAAGUGCUCCCCACAAUCUUAAGAACGAAUUUAUUUUUUGUCUGGGUGGCCGGCUGGCAGUCAUGGCACUGAGAUUGGUUAGCAGGAAGUUGGGAAGCAAAUUCUUGCCCAUGCUCUCUUCCACUUCUCUACUGCAUUCACAUGCCACCAGCUUUGGAUUCAAACAUGUACGAGAAGAAGAGAAAAGUCAAAUGGUCGGUGAUGUUUUCAGCAGUGUAGCCUCGAAUUAUGAUCUCAUGAAUGAUGUCAUGAGUGGUGGGUUACAUAGAUUAUGGAAAGACAGGUUGGUUUCCAUGCUGAAUCCAUUCCCUGGAAUGAAGCAUCUUGAUGUGGCUGGUGGAACAGGAGAUGUUGCUUUCAGGAUUCUAGAUAAUAUAAAUAGUAUCAAAGGUAGAGCAAGUCAAGAUCCUCUUAAUGAUCAUUUGCAGGAAGAAACACAGAUAUAUGUGUGUGACAUAAACCCAAAUAUGUUAAAUGUUGGCAAAAAACGGGCUAUAGAGAGAGGUCUUGGAGAAAACAAAUCUCUCGUAUGGGUGGAGGGAGAUGCUGAAGCCUUGAGUUUUGAAGAUAAUACCAUGGAUGGCUACACAAUAGCAUUUGGAAUUAGGAAUGUUACCCAUAUAGAGAAAGUUCUUGCUGAAGCGUAUAGGGUAUUAAAACAAGGAGGAAGAUUCCUUUGCCUUGAACUCAGCCACGUUGAAGUUCCUGUGUUUAAAGAAUUAUACGAUUACUAUUCAUUCUCAGUCAUUCCAGCUCUAGGGGAGCUAGUUGCAGGGGAUCGGGAAUCUUAUCAGUACUUAGUUGAGAGCAUACGUCGUUUUCCUCUACAGGAGAAAUUUGCUUCAAUGAUUGCAGAUGCAGGAUUUCAGAAGGUUGAGUAUGAGAAUCUCGUUGGGGGAGUUAAAUUUUGUCAGCAUCCAGAUGCUCUUUCUUGUCUAUUUAGACAGUCAAUUCAGAGGGCUAAUGCUUUUUGUAUGUUGUUUUCUUUGAGUAAAUGA